UAAUGGAGCUAUAAAAUGUUUCAUGUCUUUAAAGCUUGCAUUACUCUCUCCCCAAAGGGGAUACUAGCACAGAACAAGUAGCACUGAAAUGGGGACGUUUCUGACCAAAGUAUCAUAGGAUCACACAUUUUGUCGUCUUCUUUUCUGCAGAUCAUAUUUUGUAGUGCUUUGGGAGGUUAUUUAUUUUAUUCUAUUACCGUUGUUGUUGUUGUUAUUAUUAUUACUACUAUUAUUAUUUUCUUUUGAGGUCUUUGCAGAAUAUCAGCCUUUCAGGAUAUGGUUUCUAUCUCUGCACAUCCUCAUUCUCAAAAUGGCCAGCGAGGAGGAGUUGUGGGGUUGGGGAAGCUGUAGCAAAGAUAAAAGGAGCUAUGUUUAGCUUAAUACACGUUCCUAAAACUUCAUUCUACCUCCAUCACACUUCUUGGAAAAGAGUCCUGCAGCGGGCACUCAGCAGAAAAAGCGGAGGAAGAGGCUUUUCGACCAAAGCUAAUAGCAGACAUCACCCCCCUACGCCUGUUCUUUCGCCGGAACGCUGUGAGAGGGAAGACCACCCGCCUCCCAAAGGAGUUGAUCCUUCCUCCCGUUGCUCGCGAGGGGCACCUCUGCGUCUCACCCACGACCGGCUGACACCCCGGCAGCCUCGCAGCCAACAGUUCACAAAGUGAGAAAUUCCACUCUUCCUUUUUCAGGAGGUUUUUCAGACUGAGCUAUGUAUUGACUGAUUUAUUGAGAGAGAUUACUCUCUGUUUCAGUAAUGAAUGAGGUUCAGAAGAGUUGUAAGUACAAGUUGUAACUCUCUGGAGUUUGGAAGACUACCUCUGCAUCUGCUUUCCACCUGGCAAGACUUGCAUAUCACAAGCCUUUGGGACCAAAUUCCGGUUUCUAAAAGUAUUGAUCAAAAUGAGCUUCUUGACCAAAAUUGAGGAUCACUUCAAGUGAUUUAUGGGACGAUGGCAUAUUUGUAAAGAGCUGGGGAGAAUGAUGAGAGAGAGAGAGCAGCUAUACAGCUUCAUGUCAUUCUGGAAUAUUGCUGGAAAUGCAGUAGCCUCUGUCCUCCAUCUGCUUUAGAUCACAGGAAGUUUCUGAGUUAUCAGGGCACUAUCUUAGAACAGCUUUCAGAACAAGCAAGAACAAUUCAGAUUCAUUUUUCUGGGGAAGAAGUGAGAAAUAAGAAAAUGACUCUAAUGAUUUGUUUUUUAAUGCUUAGUUUUGAAUCUGCCACUGGGAAGCUGUGUCCCCUUCGUGCUUCCAUUGAUGUGCUAGAAGGGGAAUAUUUUUUCCUUUGUUAUCUUGAGUCAAUGCAGGAACAUUUUCAGGAAGGAGCAUACACAAUAAACUGGUACAAAGAUAAUGCUGGAAAGCAGGAACUGAUAAAGGAAACACAUAGAAUUGUUUCUCAAAUGAAUUUUCUGGAGUUUUGGCCAGUUGAACUCGGUGACUCUGGGCAUUACUCUGUCAUUCACAGCAGUGGAAAACAGAAUCUCACCAUUCAAAAGUGGACCUUGAAUGUACUUGAAAGAAACAAAAGCAGCUGUUUCAACAAAAAUCAUUUAACUACAGAAAUUAAAAAUGCUGGAACUGGUCAUUCACUGAAAUGCAGUGAUUUGUCUGUCAAUGAAAAUGACAGCAUAACAUGGUACAAGGACUGCAAGAGCUAUGAAAACGAAACAGAGCGGGAACUGGAUUUUGAAACCUUAACAGUACAGCACUCAGGGAUAUAUACCUGUAAAAUUUUAAUCAGUCAUGAAGGAAAGAUAUACCAGAGCACAAAUACAAUUAAGCUGGUAGUAGAAGCAGAUGCACCAGAGGCUGUAACUUUGGAGAUAGUUGGACGCCAUGAAGAAAUUGAAACAGAAAUAGGUAAAGAAGAGAUACUCAAUUGCACAGGAUUCUUGGGUUAUUAUAUGCCAGAAGAUGCCAGCCUCUACUGGUUAAUUAAUCAAGAGUUUCCAGAAAAAUGCACAGGUAUCCCUGAGAAUGAGCCUUCAAUAUGUGAAGAAGAAUUCAAAAAAUUACAGCUGGGAAACAAGUUCUAUGUCACAAGGCUACUACAGAUUAAAAAAGUAACAGACGAGGACAUGCAUCAUAAUUUCACCUGCAUGUUGCAAGCUGAUGAAAGAACACAAAUUAAAAUAGUGAAACUGAAGAAAGGGAACACCCGAGAUUUGCCUGUGCACAUAUUUACAACUGGAAUGGUCCUUGCUGUACUAUUUCCAUGCGUUGCUGUAGCUGCGGUGUUUGUCUGUGUGAUGUUUAGAGUCGACUUAGUUCUAUUUUACAGGAACAUAUGCAGAAGAGAUGACACUGCUAGAGAUGGAAAAGAAUAUGAUGCAUUUGUGUCUUGCCUGAAAGACUGUAUUUCUCCUACUGAAGAAGAGAGAGAAUUUGCUUUGAAGAUAUUGCCCAUGAUAUUAGAAGAAAACUUUGGGUACAAGUUAUGUAUAUUUGAGAGGGAUGUAUCCCCUGGAGGAGCGGUUGUUGAUGAUAUCCAUUCAUUCAUUGACAAAAGCCGAAGAUUAAUCAUUAUACUGAGCCAGAACUACAUUUCUGACAGAGCCAUAUACGAACUUGAGAGUGGACUGCAUAAAGCCCUAGUUGAAAGGAAAACUAAGAUCAUAUUAAUUGAGUACAUGCCAAUAAGUGACUACAGUUUCUUGCCAGAAUCACUGUCUCUUUUACCAUCAAAGAGGGUUGUGAAGUGGAAAAAGGAUAAAUCUCUUCCUGUGAAUUCCAGAUUUUGGAAGAACCUUCGGUACCUGAUGCCAGCGAAACCUACCAAGAUAAACAUCAAAGGGCACUAUAAUAAUCUUGACCUAGGCUCACAAGGGCCUCAACCACGGACUAAGGGCUGUGACUUUAAUGAAGUUGCAUAACAGUUCUGGAGGCAGAAAACUGGGCAUUUUGCUAACUACUAGAAAACACAAACUGCACACUUACUUUCGGAAGACAGUGUUUAGAAGAGGCCAAGUCUGAGAUCUGAGACGAAUGUAGAAAUUGCUACUGUGGACAAGAUGAUGUUAACCCCAAUGCUAAGUGCUAUCCCAGAGAGGGUUUCCUUAACAAUCUGCACAAGGAGCAGGAAUUUCAUUCUGCUUAGGACUUGCCACAUGGCACCAAGCACAAUGCAGAACAUUUUGAUUUCAUGUUUUUCAUUAAUGUAGAAUGAUAUUAAUUAUACUUGCAUACGUUUUGAGUCCCCUCAAUAAAUAUAUCUCUAUUUGGCACGUA